UAAAUUUUAUGCACAUUUUCUCCCAUCACUUGAGGUUUCUCUCUUAGCUCUCAAGCCUACUAUGGCUCCAAUGCCCCAUCAAAUCCUCCGGGAUGACUUCAAAUUGUCGACAUUGCUCUACAUGGGCGCCUUCAUUCAAGCUGUCCUUUUCCUCAUCGCUCCUCACCGCAUUGUUGCUAUGCCCGUAGUUCUGACGCUAGCUGGUAUUGUCACGAAGAACAUGUUGAUCCGAUUUGGCUUCAUGCGUGACCCAAGUUUUGACAGAGUAUAUGUGGGGAGAACCACAGCACAAAUCGUCAACGAUGACGGAUCGGUCCCUGAAAAUGGAUGCGAUAAGGAGAUCGUCGUCUUUCUGUUAGGCUCUUGUACAAACAACGCAAUCGAUGGCCGUUUUGAUUCCGAUACCCUGGAAGUUCGUGACAUGUUCGGAGACAUGUGGAAAGAGCUGUCUGAUAACCGAGAGAAAUGGGGUUUCAUUGGCAAAACUGGUACCCUGCUCUCCACAGAUGUGGAGAAUACCAACAGUGCGGCGUGGAUCUCCUACUGGAGAAGUCUAGAGCACCUUCAAGCUUUUGCCCAAGCGGAAGCCCACCAGAAGGGGCUCAAUUGGUACAUGAAAGGAAAGCACCCGUCUGUUGGGAUUAUGCACGAAACAUAUGUCGUGCCGGCCGGGAACUGGGAGACUAUUUACCACAACUUCGUACCGUUCGGACUAGGGCAAGCAAAGCAACCCUUUAAGGAAGCAGAUUCCAUGAGAAAGAAGGGAAUGAGGGCCCCUCACGCGAGUGGGUUGAUGGAGGCAAAAGGGCCAACUUGGAAGUCAAUGAAAAGCAGAAUGAAGAAUUUGACGACAGAGAAAGAGGCUCAUAAUGAUUAAGUGGAAGUAGGAGAGAAACAAUUACUAUAAUUCGAGGUCCGAGGAUACUUAGACCAGGGGGUGAGCUUCUGAAAAGGGGACACUUUGAUAUGAAGUGGGGGCCAAAUUGCAAGCUUGCCCCAAUCGGGAAAGUCCAAGAGACACCAAACAUCUGAACCUUAACGCCCACAGACUUCAUCGAAUGUUGACAAAACAGUACUCAC